AUGGAUGCCCUAACUCCAGCUCAGGCCACGGAGUACUUCAUCAACGUCGGCCGCACAAAGGUCCAACAAUCGUUCCAUGUUACAUUCUUCAAGGCUUGGAUGGCGGGGUGGAUGCUGUGCUUUGGAGCAAUGCUGUAUCAGGUGGUCCAGGCUGGAUCACCAGGCUUGCGGGCCAGCAACCCCGCCCUAGCCACCCUCAUCGGAGCCUUCUUCUUCCCAGCAGGCCUCAUCAUGAUCAUUAUCACAGGCCAGGAUCUGCUCACCGCCCAUCUCAUGUACAUGCCCAUGUCGCUCAUUCACGGACGCAUCAAGUGGUGGCAGGGACUGCUCACCUGGACCAACGUCUUCUUUGGUAACCUCGCUGGCGCCCUGUGCUGCGUCGCCUUCAUCGGUCACUACUCGGGCCUGUACACGGGUCCGCUACUCGAGUACGCGCAGAAGAUGGCCUUGACCAAGACAUCAGAGGGCUUUGGCCCUUGUCUUCUCCGCGGCGUCGGGUGCAACUUUCUCGUCUGCGUCGCUGUCUGGCUUGGCGCGAGCGCACGCGAAAUCAUGUCCAAGAUUAUGGGCAUUCACUUUCCUGUCUUCCUCUUCGUGUUCCUCGGCUUUGAACACGUUGUUGUUAACAUGUAUUACGUCCCCCUCGGUAUGGUGAGCGGUGCAGAUGUCAGCAUUGGAAGAUACAUUGGCCAGAGCCUUAUUCCCUCGCUCAUCGGCAACAGUGAGUGA